GAUUUUUGUCUCGCCUAAGGCGGCAGAAAGUCGAGCACUGGCCCUGAUGGUCACCAUACAACCUGGCCACACACAGACUCUAGAUCAGUUUAGAUUAAUUUAUUUUACAGGAGCUGUAGUUCAUAAACUGACCCAGCGAGUUGCAGUGAACUGCGCAUCUGCUAUCAGAAACCAAAAGCGUUUAAAGCAACCGGACUGCAGUUGUGGCUGCAAGAGAAAGACGGUCAUGUAACUGGAUGCCGGAGGUGUUUUAAGUGAUCCAGUGACAGCCCUCCUAAAGCAAAACCAGACUGCCAGGAAGUGUGAGGAAAGCCCAGCAACACGUAGCCAUGUUGGAGGAGGACAUGGAAGUGGCCAUCAAGGUGGUGGUGGUGGGCAACGGUGCGGUGGGGAAGUCCAGCAUGAUCCAGCGCUACUGCAAGGGCAUCUUCACCAAGGACUACAAGAAGACCAUCGGUGUGGACUUCCUGGAGAGACAGCUACUAGUGAAUGAUGAAGAUGUGAGAUUGAUGUUGUGGGACACUGCAGGGCAGGAAGAGUUUGAUGCCAUCACCAAGGCCUACUACCGCGGUGCCCAGGCGUGUGUACUGGUCUUCUCCACCACCGACAGGGAGUCGUUCGAGGCGGUCGGCAGCUGGUGGGAGAAGGUGGAGAUAGAGGUGGGAGACAUCCCCACUGUCCUGGUGCAGAACAAGAUUGACCUUCUGGAUCACACGGUGAUCAAAAAUGAGGAGGCAGAAGGUCUGGCCAAGAAGCUCAAGUUAAGGUUUUACCGAACUUCCGUAAAGGAGGAUCUCAAUGUCAAUGAAGUUUUUAAAUACCUAGCAGAUAAGUAUCUGCAGCGACUGAAGCGACAAACGGCAGAAGAGCCUGAGGUAGUCCAUACAACUAGCAAUAAAAUUGGAGUUUUCAACACCACAAGUAGUAACUUAUCUAGUCAGAACUCCAGCAACGGCCGAGAAGUUAUCAGCUUGCGACCCAACAAACAGAGGACAAAGAAAAGCAAAAACCCCUUUGGUAGCUGCAGCCUUCUUUAGAAUCAAUGCAUUCCCUACAAUAAUGUACGAUUUGACUGCCGUGUAAGAGUCUAUACAUUUACAUUUGAGCAUAACCUAGGUGUAGGUCUUAAUUUGACCCCUCUUUUGUUGCUGAGAAUUUCCCUGCAAAUGACCUUCAUGAUGGACAUAAAUUCACAAAAAAAUUGCACGUAUAACGUGUUAACAGUAUUGCACUUCAUGUAGCCUAAUUUUGGCCAGCAAAUAGUCUAACCACAGAACAAGCAACACUAAAAGUUCAAAUCCUGUUGCUGCAGGAUUAUUUUUGCUCUGACAAUAUUGGUCAAAUGAAGAUCCGACAUCUGUAAAUCUAAUAUGCACCUGAGUAUUGUGAAUACCAUGCAUUUGAGCAUCUUUACAGAUCAAGUGCAGCCUUUGUUUCUCAUGGAUAGAUGUAUGAAAUAUAAAGCGACAGUAACAAUAGUCGUCCUGGUGGCUGUAAUGGGUACUACAAUCCAACACAGACUAUGUUGUAGCAUGAAUGUAAUGCUUGAAGCAGAUCUUUUGAGAAAUAGUAGUUGGGCAUGACAGGGUUCUCCCAUUUACACCCUUCAACAUGGUGCAGGGAAGGGUUACAUUCUAGUUCACUAACAAGGUGUAUUUGUAUGUUCAUAUUGUGAUUUUUAUAGAUUGCCAUUUGUGCACUUGAAUCUGUUUGUAUUGUAAGAAAUAUACAGAUUACUUUCUACCAUAUUUGUUCUAAAAUAUUAAUGGAAUAUGGUUCAAUAUGCUGAGUGUACAAAACAUUAGGAACACCUUCCUAAUAUUAAGUUUCUCCCCCUUUUGCCCUCAGAAAGUGGUUAAUUUGUCGGGGCAUGGACUCUACAAGGUGUCCAAAGCAUUCCACAGGGAUUCUGGCCCAUGUUGACUCCAGUGUUUCCCACAGUUGUGUCAAGUUCCUUGAAUGUCCUUUGGAUGUUGGACCAUUCUUGAUUAAACACAGGAAACUGUUGAGCAUGAAAAACCCAGCAGCAUUGCAGUUCUUGACACACUCAAACCGGUGCCCUAUCAAAGGCACUUAAAUAUUUUUGUGUCUUGCCCAUUCACCUUCUGGAUGGCACACAUACACAAUCCAUGUCUCAAGGCUUUAAAAAUCCUCCUUUAACCUGUCUCCUCCCCUUCAUCUACACUGAUUUGAAGUGGAUUUAACAAGUGGCAUCAAUAAAGGAUCAUAGCUUUCACCUGGUCAGUCUGUCAUGAAAAUGUUUUGUACACUCGGUGUAUAUCAUGAAUAAAGACUAAGGGCUCUAUUUUAACAAGGCUAACACAAUGGUAAGUUUUAAUGCUGGCAGUGGCGUUAUGGGUUCGGGAUGUCAUGUUCUUGUUAUUUUCACUACCGGAAUAAUUGGCGCAGUAGCUGGCUGUGGUGCGAAAGAGCUGGGUUUUGAUCAACAAACAUGUUGAGGUUUGGCCCCUCACCGGCCAAUCAGAACGUGCUCCAUGACUAAAUAUGUGGUGGCUUCAAGUUGUGUGUUUACGCUAUUUUAUGUGUUAAACCAAAAACAAUGUUUCUAAAUAGGAUCGGGUCAGAAGCUUUAUCUUACAUGGCUUCUCGUUCCAUGGCAUUGUGUACACGUGGUCUAAAUGUCUUUACACACAACAUUCUGAUGACUAUACAAAAUACUAGGCUCCUGACAAUUGUAUCGUUGCCUAUGUUUUGAGAAUCAGCCUGCAACAAUCUACCGUUAUGUCAUUAUAGAAGGACUGAAUAGUUUGGAGGAAUGUGGCUUUGGUAAUCAGACGAGGGGUGUUCUUUGAAAAUGGGGAUGGAUAGCCUACUUGAACAAGCUAAAUGCCGGUAUGUGAAUAAUUAAAAAGCAUUAAGGCAAAAAACUAAUUUCAAAGCACUCUGACUAUUUAAAAUGGCUUCAUUCAUACUAAUUUUGGCUAAUGGCCAUUGCAUGAGCGGUAAGCUAUUUUAAAUUUUAGUCAUUUAGCAGAUGCUCUUAUUCAGAGCGACUUACAGGAGCAAUUAUGGUUAAGUGCCUUGCUCAAGGGCACAUCGGCAGUUUAUUUUACCUAGUCGUCUCGGGGAUUCAACCCAGCAACAUUUCAGUUACUGGCCCAACACUCUUAACCACUAGGCUACCUGCCGCUCCACCUGCUUUUUUGUUGGUCUUCAAACUUCCCUAUAGCACUGCAUGAAAUUGUUUUUAAGGACACGUCUCAAAUCUUGCCACCCAUCCCACCUCAGCACAAGCAACUGAUGUUAGGCAGUUAACAUGCCGAACCUGGCGUUAGGAUAAAUGCGCAGAAAAUGCAACCGUUUUUACAUGACGCAACUAAUGUGCGUUUGAUGCUUGCACCUUAACACCAGCCAACAAUCGAAAGCUACGAGAUUCAGACAUAUGUUCAUUCUUUUCUGAAAUGUAUUUUUGUAUGAAUCUUAACAAUGAGCUGCUUAACACCUUCGUUAACAUAGUGCCAAGUAGUUUCAAAUGCUUAUUUCAUUGUAAGAAAUUUGCAUAUUUUAAAGAAAAAUUGGAGGGAUUUUUCAGUUUUGAGAAUAUUGAAUUACAGUCGACUAGAAGAGUUUGCUGUUAUACGACCAAAUACUAUUUGAGAUUUGCACAAUAGGCCCUCUACUUGAGACACAAACUUAUACAAGGUUGUAGACUUAUAGGAUGGAUGAGCCGGUGAAGAGGAUUUUGCUACACAGAACAUACAAAUCAAUAAUAUCCCUCUAUCUGGUUAGCGCACACAAUUCAUGCACAGGUGUUUGUACUGGUCAUUGUAACUGGCCAACUAUUUGGUCUAACUUUCAUAGGGUACUAGCAAUUGAAAUUGUUUACAUGUUACAUUGCUGCAUUUAAAUAUGUGCUUUGCGUUUCUACUGUGGUACAAUCAAUGGUAACAUCUUUAAUGUGCUCAUAUUUGAGUCAAUUUAUAUUUGUUACAUUUUAUAUUUGUUACGUUAAUUUCGGGAGAAAUAAAUACUUGUUUACUAAAAUAUCCGAUUUUUAUUUUUAAGUGAAAACCGAUCUCAAUGAAUGGUGUCUUGAUUGAGUGUUCUUACGUUAUGAACAGAACUACUAUCAUGCUCUGAGGAGUGCUUUGUAAUGGCUUAAUUUUCUCACCUAGUCGUCAUGCUUGGAUAAUGUUCUGUUACCACUCUCUAACCGAUGUUGACUUUUUCUGAGGCAAGACAUAUUUUUGCUCCCAUUUCACUGUAAGACAAACAAAUUCUCAUUGUCUCUAAUGUCCUCUUCAUAACUUUUUUAGUUACCCAUUAACACUUCACAAAUCAAAAUGGCCCCCGUGUUUCCCCCGUCUUCAGUAAAUGAUGCAUGCUUGCCUUAUGUUAGUUUUUUUUUUUUUUUUUUCAUGUGAAGGAAUGUGGAACCACGGUCCAAUGCCACAAUGCUUUGUCCAUGUAUGUUUACAUCCUCAUUCUUAAACAUAUAACUAUUUUGUUUUAAAGAUGCCUGCUCGGUGAAUAUUGUAAAUCACACUCCGUCCCUUUAACAGUUGCUGUUUGUAAACAUGUGUUAUGGUUUGUUUGUCUUCUGAAAAUACAAUGUUUUAUAAUGACCAAUGAACAUAUUUAUAAUCCAGUCAGUUACCAUUCUUAGAAAAUCUAUGGCCAAGUGCUCUUUCACUCAGAUGUUGUGAGAAUCACUGUAAUCCAUUCUAUUGUUACAAUGUUAUUACAUUCAGCAGAUUACUUUUGGAAAUAUGGCAUACUGCUUCCACCAACUCUUAAUGUUUGUACCCAGAUGUGCCAGUCUGUUUCUGCUUUCUUGUAAACUCCUUAGCGAGUUGGCAUUUAUUGUCAUGAAUCUUGACCUGGAGGCAGCUAUGCUGUGGUCACUAGCUAGCACAGUCAUAAAAUCUGUUAAACAACCACACUGCUAACCCUAAUCUUAAAUUACAACCAGGGCAAGAUUCAUUUAAAAAAAUAUAUAUUUCACCUUUAUUUAACCAUUUGCAACUGCAACCUGGCCAAGAUAAAGCAAAGCAGUGUGACACAGACAACAACACAGAGUUACACAUGGAGUAAACAAUAAACAAGUCAAUGACACAGUAGAAAAAAGAAAGUCUAUAUACAGUGUGUGCAAAAGGCAUGAGGAGGUAGGCAAUAAAUAGGCUAUAGGAGCGAAUAAUUACAAUUCUGCAGAUUAACACUGGAGUGAUAAAUGAGCAGAUGAUGUGCAAGUAGAGAUACUGGUGUGCAAAAGAGCAGAAAAGUAAAUAAAACAAAACCAGUAUGGGGGAUGAGGUAGGUAGAUUGGGUGCGCUAUUUACAGAUGGACUAUGUAUAGCUGCAGCGAUCGGUUAACUGCUCAGAUAGUUGGUGAGGGAAAUAAAAGUCUCCAACUUCAGUGUUUGUUUUUUUUGCAAUUCGUUCCAGUCACUGGCAGCAGAGAACUGGAAGGAAAGGCGGCCAAAUGAGGUGUUGGUUUUGUGGAUGAUCAGUGAGAUAUACCUGCUGGAACGCUACGGGUGGGUGUUAUCGUGACCAGUGAACUGAGAUCAGGCGGAGAUUUGCCUAGCAUGGACUUAUAGAUGCCCUGGAGCCAGUGGGUCUGGUGACGAAUAUGUAGCGAGGGCCAGCCGACUAGAGCACACAGGUCGCAGAGGUGGGUGGCAUAAGGUGAUUUGGUAACAAAAUGGAUGGCACUGUGAUAGACUGCAUCCAGUUUGCUGAGUAGAGUGUUGGAAGCUAUUUUGUAGAAGUCGAGGAUCGGUAGGAUAGUCAGUUUUACUAGGGUAAGUUUGGCGGUGUGAGUGAAGGAGGCUUUGUUGCAAAAUAGAAAGCCAAUUCUAGAUUUGAUUUUUGGAUUGGAGAUGUUUAAUAUAAGUCUGGAAGGAGAGUUUACAGUCUAGCUAGACACCUAGGUAUUUAUAGUGGUCUGCAUAUUCUAGGUUGGAACGUCCAGGGUGGUGAUGCUAGUCGGGCGGGCGGGUACGGGCAGCGAACGGUUGAAAAGCAUGCAUUUGGUUUUACUAGCGUUUACGAGCAGUUGGAGGCCAUGGAAGAAGUGUUUGUAUGGCAUUGAAGCGCGGCAUAACCCUAAACGUCAACCUACAACUCCUGGAAUUGUCAUGCUAAACAUUGUUUGUCAGUAUGGAGUAGACAAGGGCACAUACAUACCUGGGUCCAGGCUACAGACUUUGUGUCACAAAAUUUUGACAAAAUGUAACACUUAAUAGUAGGUGUAUAUCUCACCUAGUUUGUUCAUUUGCAUUACUUUGAUUUAACAGUUAUAAAGUGUCUCAAGGUGUGCCACACAUUCUUGCACCUGCUCCUUUGUUGACAAUCUGUUUUGAUGAUGGUGAUCUAUAGCAUAAAUAAAAUAUCUAUUUUCAUUGUU